UGGCUUUCUCUGGCAGGCUAUGGAACGCUGACUUGGUUCUGUAUUUGAGAAUGUAGAGGUCAAGGUAAACGUGGAUUUGGAAUUAGCCAUUUCUCUAAGGAGCCUGCUGCUUCUGCAAGGGAGGCCUGAGGAUUUGUGAGUGGAAGAUUCUCAGAUUUGUUUGAGUCUGCCCAAAUACCCCCAUUCCAGAUCUCAAGGUCUCACUCCUUCCCAUUCAGUGCCAUACAUUUCACCUGAAAGAAUUGACACAGCUGUGAAUUCAGUUUGACUGCAAUUUUGCAAGCCACACUUAUUCGUUACUGAAGUUGGUGUGGCCAGUGCCGCUGCCGCUGCCAGAGACAUUGUCAGAAAUCUGAAUCAGGAAGAGAGGCACUUCUCUCCCGCCUUUCAUCUCCCCCCAGUGCGUCCAUUGCAGAUGCCAACACGGAGUCAGCUGGCAAGACUCUCUCAGGAGUGUGAUCUGGGAGUCUGACUCUACAUUACAUUGAGGGCACAGGAAGGCAUCGAGAGCCCAAACGUGAGCAGAACCUGGCCCUCAUCAGUGCUGCCAGCCUAGGGUUGGAGUCUCCCAAGCCUGGGCCUUGAGCACUAAAAUGCAGAUUCCUGGGCCUAUCCGCGACCCACUGAAACAGAGUGCCAGGGCCAUCUGCAUUUAUCAAGCUCCCUGGUUAACCAGCUCAGUCCUCCGUGCAUCCCGCUCGCCGGCCGCGCUCACUCACGGGCCAGGAUGGCGCUCUGUCUGGCCCUGCGCAUGGCACUGCUGCUCCUCUCCGGGGUCCUGGCCCCUGCGGUGCUCACAGCCGAGGGCCCGCAGGAGCCCGUGCCCACCCUGUGGAACGAGCCCGCCGAGCUGCCAUCGGGAGAAGGCCCCGCGGAGAGCACCAGCCCCGCUCGAGAGCCGGCGGUCAGCGGCCCGCCCGCGCCCACCGCCGCGCCGAGCCCCGAGGACAGCACCGCGCGGGAGCGUCUGGACCAGGGCGGCGGCUCGCUGGGACCCGGCGCCAUCGCGGCCAUCGUCAUCGCCGCCCUGCUGGCCACCUGCGUGGUGCUGGCGCUCGUGGUCGUCGCGCUGAGAAAGUUUUCCGCCUCUUGAAGCGAAUAAAGGGGCCGCGCCGCGGCGCGACUCGGC